AUCUUGUAAAAUAACAAUUUUAAAUUGUAUUAUUUGAAUGUAGAACAGGAAUUGCAUCAUUCAAGUCACGAGUAUGUCCCGAAGUUAAUGGAUUUAUUGCUCUCCUCGCCACUCUGGAAGUCACCCUCCGAGUUACGUCGGCAACACGUGACAACGGACCUCGGAGCGAGUUCGUAGCGUUAAUUUAUAAAUUCAGUGGUUGUUAGUGGCGAGGAGCUGGUUUGGGAUUCACCGCUAAUCUCGGAUAGUCUCAAACAAGCUUUUGGGUGUCUGCAUAACGCGUCCGCAAAAACGAAAUACAAUACAAAUUACUGUUGUUAAAAUUAAUAUAAUAAUCUUGAAAUUAAUAUCAUAUAAUAAUAAAAAAAGUUUAGAAACUGUAAGCAAAUAUGUUUAAAAUAGCGAUAGAACACGUAAAGAGGCAUCCAGGGCUCAUCCCCCAGUUAUUCUUCAUCUUGUUGGGAAUGGGAGGAGCCUCCUUGUAUUUGGUCCGUCUUGCAAAGGGGCCCCAUGUCACCUGGAACAAGAAGAACAACCCUGAGCCCUGGAAUCAGCUUGACCCUACCUACCAGUACAAGUUUGUGGCCAUCGAUACUGACUACAAGAACCUGAAGAAGGAGGGACCUCAAUUCUGAGUAUCUUCCCUCUAUCCUAACGGCACCAAGUCCAGCCCGAAGAACGUCACUGAAGAAUUAAAAUCUGUGAAUUAUUCUUCUCUCAAUGCUUCUAUACGAAUAUUUGGAGAUUGAUCCAUAAUGUUGAUGAUCAAAUCUAAAUUUGUCUGUUUGUUUUAUCAUAAACACUUAAUUGUUAGUUUGGCAGUCACUAAAUCUAACAACGAAGGUGCUCAUUAUGAUAACAGGCCAGAGUGUGCAUAGAUUUCUUCACUAAAUGAAAUAAAUUAUUAAGCUCAAUUUCUGAAUGGAAAUGUUGUCCAAAUAAAAUGUCUCUAGAAUUUAGAGAGUGAAUUUCUAA